AUGCUUGCCGCUCAACUUCAACCUCAACCGACUCAUAUAUACCACCAGAACAACAUGAGUAGGAUAACGACUACUCCAGGGUGGGAUGAACAGAUUGUACCGACUUUGAAGAAGCGUCUAGAAUCUGAAUCCCAAUAUCUCACCAAGAGACUAUCAGCCGCAUCAUUUGAAGAUCAACAUCAGCAACCUGCUACUGCUGUAUCCUCUUCCUCCUCCUCAAAACUCAAUUCCUUCCCUCAAUCACCCACAUUCGGUGUAUUUCAACAAAAUCCACCCGGAUCCUCCUCUUCCUCGGGUAUACCUAGAAGUCGUACCAAGUCUGGUCCAUUCCUGAAUGAUACGCGUCAACUUAACGGUAACAACGGUGGACAGUCGAAUGGGAAAAGACCUUCACCACGUAUAGACACCUCUUCCAUUUCUUCACCUAAGAUCCCUUCUGCAGCUCUACCAUCUAGAAUACCUACCAGACCUCGAUCGAAAUCACAACUUGCCUCUUCCUCAUCUAGACCUAUACCUGUCCAUUCAGAUUCCCAACCUCCUCCUUUACCCACUGCCUCAACCGAAAGGUCAAUCUCAGGUAUACCCGUACUUACCACUCGCUCUAGAUCUAGAUCACCUUCGAAACGCCUACCUUCAACUAAAAUGAGCGUAGCAGUAAUGGAAAACAGGAGGGAAAGUUUGGAAUUAGGAUUAGGUGGAACGAGGAUAAAAGAGGGAUUCAUCAAAAAUGAAUUACCGCCGUUCAAGAUGAAUCCUAAUGAAGCGUUAAGAAUAGCAGAGAAAGGACAUCAGUUGAAUGAUGAAGAGUCCAGCAAUUGUAGAACGAGUUAUGAUUCGUCCAGAAUGGCGGAAAGGAAAAGAUCAAUAUCUAUGAAACCGAAUAAUCUACAUCCUAAACCCAAUGGGCAUAUGAUGGAAAGAAGUGGAUCAUCGGGAUCUGAUAGAUCUGCCAGAAGGAAUAGUCGACCAUCCACUUCGUCCGCUGCCACGGGAACGAGGGGAUAUGGUAUAUCUACUUCUCACACGGGAUUGGGACUAGGUAUGGGUCAACCAUCUUCUUCGAGAUUAUCAAAUGGAAGAACAACUCAAAGAACAGGAUCAUCCAGAUCACCAAUCAACGGUUCUUCUUCAACGGCGUUUAACGCUCCUCGAUCAGCUUCGUUGAACUUGUUAUCUGCUAGUCCAUCUAUGUCGAUGAAUGGGAAUGGUACACCGCCCAGUGCAAGAUUAGGUGUAGCUGCUCAUUUCAUACCUCCCGAAUCUACUUAUACGCCACCGAAGGGGACGGAUUGGGAUGAUGUGGUCUUACCUACCGUAGCGAAGAAAUUGGGUAUAAAUGAGAGUGAAAAAGAGGGUGGCGGAGCAUUGGUGGGAGAAGGGGAUCUGGCAGUUGAGUGGGAUAAAGAUGGAACACCGAUCAGAUGGGUGAAAAGGAAGGUUGUCAGUGGAGGGAAUGGCUCGGCGAGGGUUGGGUUGGGAUUGGGUGAUUCGACUGGUAGCCAGAACUCGAUACAACCCAAUGAUAUCACCCCUACACGUACACACGCAUUCUCACCUUCAUUCGAACCAUCCCCUGAUAAUCCUUUACAACCCCGUCAAAGACCUUCUUCUGCAUCACUCCGAAAUAGACCUUCUGCUUCUUCCGAUAUGGAACUCACUACAUUACGCACGACGAACGGUCAGCCCGUAUCGUUAGGUCAACCUAUAGAUCGAUCUUCUUCUCCAUCGAGAAAUAACGCAUAUUAUCCAGGUGGUGAACCUUUCCCAUCCCAGGGGGUAGGUGUGCAUAGAAAGACGAGCUCUCAGAAUAUGUCCACAUCAUCGCCCAUAAGUGGACUUUUCUCGAACCCUGCUCUAAAUAGGAAACCAUCUACUUUGAAGAAACAGAAUCACUUGACUCCAACUGUAUCAAGACAGGGGUCGGAAUUGUCACUAAGGACCAGAAACGCUUCGAAUGUAGGCAGAAACAAUAACAGUAACAAUAAAUUCGGACCUGGACCUGGUUCCAGUCAAAAUGGACACGGAAAUGGACAGAUGAGUAUACCUGGUACGACGCAUAGGAUCACUGAUGCGAUUUAUGAGAACCAACUGGCAAGAAGGGAAGGCAGGGUUAAUGAGAAAGGUGGAGGAGCUAAGGCUAGGAAGGACGAUGAUAUGCAUGGGAAGGGAUGUGGAUGUUUGAUCAUGUAA